UCGAUCGCGUGGACGCCCGGAAGGAAAAUCGGGGAUUCAAGAUCGCGAUGGCCUUCAAGAUUGUCACCUCAUUGGCUAUUCUGCUGCUCGCAGUGGGGCACUCGAGGCCCCUUGAAGACCGGCAGAGCGAGGGGUCCGCGGAGGACAGGAGUUCCGAGUCCCUGGUGAAGGACGAGCAGGAAGACGAGAGCCAGGAAUCUAGGGCGAGUCCUCGAGGCGAGGAAGAAGAAGACAGCAGAAAAGGAAAACAGCCGGAACCCGUAAAGGACACGACGAAAGAGUCCUACGAGGCCCUCCUCGAGGCGUACUACAAACUCGUCGAGGCCACCCUAGCCGUUGGCCAUAAGCCAGCAAAAAAGGAUUAGCACGCGAGGUGGAUGCUUCCCUGAUGAGGCAAAAGAGGCCGCAUAGAGUGCCCUGAAGAGCAGCGCUAUCUAAUUUGGACCACCGGAAAGUGCCUGGAAAAAUGUGUUUUCCUGUACAAUUUGCGAAAGAAAUUCGGCGAGCAUGGAACCCCUUUUCUCUGUGACUGCGGUUUGCAGGGGUGGAGAGAGGGCAUUUUUGUUUCCCUCCUCCAUAGGGGGGAAACAAAUUUGCGACGCGUUUAGAGGCCUCGGAAAGGGUCAGUUUUUGGUGGGUGAGUGAUACGCGGUGUCCGUGAAAACGGUGUCUGGAAAAAUGUGUCUUCUUGUACAAUUUGCGAAAUAAAUUG